GCACCGACUUGCUGCAGGUCGCUGCCCACGAGUUCGGCCACGUGCUGGGCCUCCAGCACUCGGCGGAGGCCAAGGCCCUCAUGUCGCCCUUCUACACCUUCCGCUACCCCCUGAGCCUGAGCCCGGACGACCGGCGGGGCAUCCAGCACCUCUACGGGCGCCCCCGGCCCGCCGACACACACCCCAACGAGAUCUCCCUGGAGCCGGACGCCUGCGCCACAGACUUUGACGCUGCCGCCACCAUCCGAGGAGAGCUCUUCUUCUUCAAGGCGGCCUUUGUGUGGAGGCUCCGGGCCGGCCGGCUGCAGCCCGGCUACCCGGCCUUGGCGUCCCGCCACUGGCAGGGCCUGCCCGCUGGCCUGGACGCCGCCUUCGAGGAUCCACGGGGCGACAUCUGGUUCUUCCAGGGCUCUCAGUACUGGGUAUAUGCAGGGGAGAAGCGUGUGCUGGGCCCCGCGCCACUCUCUGAGCUGGGUCUGCCGAGCUCGGCCAUCCACGCGGCGCUGGUGUGGGGCACGGGAAAGAGCAAAGUCUACUUGUUCCAUGGGGGCAGUUACUGGCGCUUCCACGCAGACACGCGGCGUGUCGACAGCCCGUCCCCCAGAAGGGCCAGCGACUGGCGGGGCGUGCCUCCUGAGAUCAGCGCCGCCUUCCAAGACAGCCAAGGUUAUGCCUACUUCCUUCGUGGUCGCCACUACUGGAAGUUUGACCCAGUGAAGGUGAGGGUCCUGGAGGGUUUCCCGCGCCUCGUCGGCCAGGACUUCUUCGGCUGUGCCGGACGUACCCCUCUUCCCUCUGAUGCCUUCUAGGCAGUGGAGAGCUGCCGUUGACCUCGAAGACCCUGUGCCGUGCCUUGAUCCUUUGCCUAGACCUUCUUUGGGGGCUGGCCUCCCGUGGGGACGAUCCUGAAACAGGCAGCUCUAUUUAUUCAGGGAUGGAGUGAAGGCCUCGGGGUGCACUAAGGCUCCCCCGUGGCCUCCCCUGGAGGCAGCUGGCUGCCCACUGGUCUUCCAUCCAGGUCUGUGGAGUCCCAGGGCCUGAGAGGCCACAGGUUUGGGAACAGAGACUCUGGGCCAUGCUGGUUGUGGCCCCCGUCCUCUUUGACAUGGCCCCGAUUCAUCCUUUAAAAUUCCCAGGCGGUCAAUGCCCUCCCCCUUGGGGACUCCUCCGAAGGGACAGUUCCCUUUGGAUCUUUAGCACUUGCUUCCCCCUUUCCCUGGCGCUGGGCUCACUGCUGCCCCUGGGGCAGUGACGGCAAGCCUUUUAGAGACUGAGUGCCCAAAUGGCUCCCUUCUGCUGCGUGUGAGGUUCCCCCCCCCCCCGCCGCCUUACCCCAGAUGGGAGGGAGGAAGCACUCCCACUGGGCUGCUGGGCAGAGGGGUGGCUGGUGAGAGAAGUGUCCUCAGGCAUUCGUGGAGAAAGGGAGGGAGAAGCCCCUCCGGCACCUGGGCCUUAGGUUUGCCAGCACGGCCCCAGGGGGAUGCUCUGGAAGGCCACUGAAGCUGCCUUCCCCUUCCCCUCCCCGAACCUGGGGGCGUGUGCCCUGGUGCCUGCCUGUCCUGCCAGAGAGCGUUGGAGGCCUAAUCCCUCCAUUCCCCCCUCCAUCCACCCUCUUGCCCUCAGCAUUUCUCCUGUCCCAGGCCUGAUCCUGGUCUGAGUGGCUGGGCUCCUCCUAGCCCCUCUCUGGGAUCCCCAGAGGCAGAAUGGGGCGCCUUGCCCAUUGGAACGUCUCCAUCCUCAUGCCUGCUGGCCACCCGUGGGCCUCGCUGGAGGCCCGGGUCUUCCUCGCCCUUGGAGCCCUUGGUGGAGCGACGUCUCCCGUGAGCUCCAGGCUGGGGGUCGGGAACGAGAGGAGGAGGCAGAGGAGCCUCCGCUGGCCCUGCUCUCCGCCGGCCUCUUCUUAAGCAGAGGGCCACGCUCGGCACACUGGGCUGCCCCGAGCCCCCAGCUCAGGAAGGCCUCCUUCUCCUCCCCUCCCGGGUCUCCCCAGCGGCCUGGCUGCCUGGCCCUCGGCUUCUCCGUCCCCCUAAGAGAGGGGGGCCUUGGAGCCAGUCGGAGAAAGCAGCUCCCCACGCCCUCCUGCGGGGGGCUCCCAAUGCAGGCUGGCGCUCCUGCUGGGCACCCCUCCUCGCCCCAUGCCCUCCCUUGGCCCGACAAGUGUAGCUGCGCAGUACCAUGAUGCCUUCUGUGUCCGGGGGCCGUCCAGCGGGCGAUUAAACACGGCUCUUUUCUA